AUGCAAGACGUUGCUGCGACUGACUUGAACACAAACCAAGCUGCCUUUUCCUCAUCUUCAUUCCACACCACCAUCCCACGUAUACUGGUCGACGACCACGUGUACCUAGGAAAACCGAAGAGUGGCAAUCCAACCAUCCUGGCUUGGCCCAUGCUCUCCCAAGUCUAA